AUGCUACCCUCGAUAAAAACAGUCGCACUCUUUUCUCUGGGCCUGGCUGCCCUGGCGAGAGCGCAGUAUGAUACGGCGCUCGUCGGCACAUGGACUACCAAGUCGAAGAAAGUCAUGACUGGACCAGGCUUUUACGAUCCCGUCGCCGACAGGUUGAUCGAACCUGAUCUAACCGGGAUUUCAUACUCCUUUACAAGCGAUGGCUACUACGAGGAGGCUUACUACAGGGCCAUCCCAAAUCCGGCGACACCACACUGCCCCUCCGCGAUCAUGCAAUGGCAACACGGCACCUACUCCCUUCCGGGCAAUGGAAGCCUUGUCAUGCAACCCUUUGGUGUCGAUGGGCGCCAACUGACCUCCUCCCCCUGUUCCUACGAUCGAUCGAUCUACGUUCGCUACGAGCAAUCCGAAUUGAUGAAGUCUUACCAAGUCAUGACAGACCCGUACCACAAUGUACCGCGACUCAAUCUUUACAAAUUCGACGGCUCGCCUAUGCAGCCCAUGUACCUCGCCGCAUCUCCUCCACAGAUGCUGCCAACGCAGACUCUGAACCCUACAUCUACCCCCAAAUCGACGGGUAAGAGCCGCGUGAAGAGAAUGGAAGGGGGCGACGGGGGUACGCAGGAAAGACUGGUCGGCAUGAACAAAGACCCCUUCAUUCCUCCUAAGGAACCAUACAAUGCAGACCAUUGGUGGUGGGCUGGCGUAGGGCUGACAGCUCUUGGAACAGCGCUGUACAUGAUACCCACGUCUACCUAA